CAAAACCAAGCACUAGCUAGCUAUGGCUUCUCUCUCCCUCACGCACCCGCUGGUGAUCACCACUCCUUCCCCAACUAUUCGAAUCCCACUACGUCCCACAAAACGCACUCAAGCUGGCUUUGUACGUAGAUUUGAAUUCAAAGCCAGUGCCACUCCAUCUGAUCAUGAGGGUAAAAGCUCUAGCAAAUUUGACAGGAGAGACAUGCUGAUUGGUCUUGGAGGACUCUAUGGCGUGGCUGGCUUGGUAUCAGACCCGUUCGCCUCGGCAACCCCAGUUGCGGCGCCAGACCUAUCGAAAUGCCACAACCUAAGGGAUCCGCCCCCUGCUCCACCCCUGGAUCCAGCGGAUGUCAAAUGCUGCGCGCCAUAUAGCAACGCCAAGACAAUUGACUUCAAACCAUCUCGGUCUCCAGUGAAAAAAUUACGAAUUCGGCCCGCAGCUCAAUGGCUCGACCAUGAUGAGAUAGCCAAGUACAAGAAAGCCGUUGAGCUCAUGAAGGCGCUGCCCGAGGACGACCCGAGAAGCUUCAUUCAACAAGCCAAAGUUCAUUGUGCCUACUGUAAUGGCGCGUAUGACCAAGUCGGGUCUCCGAGCGAGUACAUUCAAGUCCACAACUCAUGGCUCUUCUUCCCCUUCCACCGCUGGUACUUGUACUUUUACGAGAAGAUCUUGGGAAAGCUUAUCGGCGACCCAAAUUUCGCGUUACCAUUCUGGAACUGGGACGACCCUUCCGGCUACCAGAUGCCGCACAUAUUCGUCGACCCUUCCUCGUCGCUUUUCGACCAGUACCGAAACCAAAGUCAUCUGCCACCUUCCAUAAUCGACCUUGACUACACAGAGCAAGAAGUUUUAAGCAACAGUCCUCCCGCAACGGAAGCAGAACAGACCUCAACCAAUCUCAAAGUCAUGUACCGCGCGAUGGUCUCCGGUGCCAAAAACCCAACGCUCUUUUUCGGCAAACCUUAUCGGACUGGUAUCCCCCCAAACCCAGGAGCAGGUACCAUCGAGAACAUUCCCCACAGUCCGGUCCAUAUAUGGGUUGGCGACAACAGACGGGCAAAUUGGGAGGACAUGGGAAACUUCUACUCAGCUGGACGAGAUCCCAUAUUUUACAGUCACCAUGCUAACGUUGAUCGAAUGUGGAACCUCUGGAAAUCUAUUCCGGGUGCAAAAAGAGUGGAUAUAACCGACCCAGAUUACCUGAACACCACGUUCGUGUUCUACGACGAGAAUGCUCAACUGGUUCGUGUGAGGGUCGGAGACUCACUCGACAGUAGAAAAUUAGGGUACGUUUAUGAAGAUGUUGAUACUCCUUGGCUAAGGUCCAAGCCUAGACCUGUCAAGUCAAAGAUCGUCAAACUCUUGAGAAAGCACGGAAUCGCUCGUGCAGCCGACACUAAUAUAACGCCGCUCAGCCAGUUCCCGAUAACGUUGGACAGGACGGUGACGACAGUGGUGCCGAGGCCGAAGAGGUCAAGGAGCAAGCUUGAGAAGGAAGACGAAGAAGAGGUUUUGGUGAUUCAAGGGAUUGACUAUGCCAAUAACGUGCCGGUGAAGUUUGACGUUUACAUUAACGACGAGGACGACGACGCCAUUACUGGGCCUGACAAGUCUGAGUUUGCGGGGAGCUUCGCCACCGUGCCGCAUUCGGCUGAAUCUGGUGCUAACAACAUCAAGACGGAGCUUAAUUUGGGGAUAUCGGAGCUGUUGGAGGAUAUCGGAGCUGACGAUGAUGACAAGGUGAUAGUUACUUUGGUUCCGAAAAGUGGAAUGGGAAAAGUUAAGAUUGAUGGCAUCAAGAUUGAUUUUAUUUCUUGAACUAAUCCAUUAAUUAUAUGUAUGUAUCGCUACGUACGUACGUAUAUUAUUAUUGUGUAACGUACUUUCUAUUUUCAUGUUUUCCUUUUCAAUAAUUAUGCUAGAACUAAGCUAAGCUAGCUAUAUGUGAUGAUGUUAUGAUAUCUAUAUAUCUAUAUUAUG